AGAGAGGGAAAGAGACUUGGGGCUACUGUUUAAAGAGUAUAUAGCCGACCGGCUAUGCUGUUGACAAAAAAAAAGAGUAUAGCCGCGCGGCUAUACUAUUAAAAAACAAAACGGCUAUACUACUUAAAUGUAAUCGAAUGGUUAAAUAGUAUAGCCGGAUGGCCAUACUUUUUAAAUAGAGUAAAUUACCAAUUUCACCCUCCCUCCUUCUCUAGUUUAUGUACUUCCCGCUCUCUCUGUCUCUCUCUUCCAAUCGACCCCAACCCCAGCCCUCUUUUGUUCAAUGCAAUUAGGAUUGAUUCCCAAUUAGGGUUUUGAUCCUCUUCAUCAGAAAACCCACGAAAUGUAAUCAGACGAAGACUUCGACAUGCUCGACGCUAAUGAUGACGACGACAAUGACGAGGAUUUCUAUAGUAGCGGCGACGACGACGCAGCCGCAGCUACGGAUAGCGACGAAUCUGGAGUUGCGGAUUAUGAGUUCAUCGACAACGACUCCGACGAUCCAAUGAUGUCGCCUCACAUCGAUACCAGGUGGUGGUUCUAUGGUUGGCGCUAUCCGUGGAUCUACUCAAUGUGAGCCGCUGGUUGUGGGAAAACCCUCAACAUUUAUGAUGGACUACUUAGCAAACGAAUUUGGCAUCCUGACGUCACAGAUUUGCAUGAUUGGGGACAGAUUAGAUACUGAUAUUCUGUUUGGACAAAAUGGUGGUUGCAAAACUCUUCUUGUUCUCUCAGGUGUCAUCACUUUAUCAGGGCUUCAGAGUCCUAACAACUCCAUACAACCAGAUUUUUACACGAACAAGAUUUCAGACUUUUUGUUUCUCAAGGCUGCAACUGUAUGAUUAUUAUGUUACCCCUAAAAUCAAUCUUGGGCACAUAUGUCAUUAUUUGUCUCUGACAGUCAUAACUUUGAUAUGAUUAAUGUCCAUGUAAAUUUUUUAUGUAUAUUUUACUGGAUGUAGGUUUCUGAAACAAAAAGAAACAGCUUGAGAUCUCUAUGCAAUUGUUAAACUGGUUGCUA